ACCACGCCAAGGUACGUGUCCAAAAUCAUGAAUCGAAAGUAAAUCAACAAUGCUGCUGCUGCGGAACGUAAAUACUCGCUAAACUCGUGAAAUCGGCCCAGUGCGAAUCACAGGUGCUCGUUUCGGUGGGGAAACCACAUUCAGAUGCACUUCGUCGGCGAAACGGAGAACAACUGAGCACGCAACAACAAAAACCCAACAACAACAGCAACAGCGGAGAGAGCCAGUCACAGCAAUAGUCACACAAAUAGCAUCACUCAUCUACAAAAAACAAUAAAAAUGACCACUCGCACAGUGCAACGGAACCUGUGGGCCUCCGGUUUGGUGGUCCUGAUCCUGCUCCUCUAUUGGACGGACUCCACAAGAGGAUACUUCGCCGCCAUCGACGAAGCGAAGACCAGCAAGAACUGCUUCUGCGAGUUGGAGGGAUCUAUAAACGACUGCAGCUGCGAUGUGGACACGGUGGACCACUUUAACAACAUGAAGGUGUAUCCCCGGCUGCAGAGUCUGCUGGUGAAGAACUUCUUCCGCUUCUACAAGGUGAACUUGCGGCAGGAGUGUCCCUUCUGGCCGGACGACAGUCGCUGUGCAAUUCGCUUCUGCCAGGUGGAGAACUGCGAGGAGCAAUCCAUUCCCCAGGGCAUCAAGGACAAGGGCGAGCACAAGGAGAAGGCGGCCUUUAAAUACACGCGGGAGGCGCAAGUGGACAGCGGAGCCUGCUCGGAUGGCGAGGAUUUCGACAGCUCUCUGGGAUUCCUGGACACGAGCAUUAGCGACCAGGCGCACCGGGAGUUCGAGCUGUGGGCAAAGCACGAUGAGGCGGAGGAAGACUUUUGUAUAGUGGACGACCAUGAGGAGGGCUCCCAGUACGUGGAUCUGCUUCUGAAUCCCGAGCGAUAUACCGGGUAUCGCGGAGAGUCGGCACACCGCAUCUGGAAGAGUAUCUAUUUGGAGAACUGCUUCGGUGGCAACAACGAAACGGCUAAUAAGUUCUCCAGUUACGUGCCCCAUAUGGAUCUGCGGGACGUGUGCUUGGAACAGCGCGCCUUUUACCGCAUUAUCUCAGGUCUCCACUCCAGCAUUAAUAUCCAUUUGUGCUCCAAAUAUCUGCUCUCCGAGUCGAAGGACUUCCUCGAUCCGCAAGGUAUCUGGGGUCCGAACGCCAAGGAGUUCAAGCGACGCUUCAGUCCGGAAACAACAGGUGGCGAGGGCCCGCACUGGCUGCGCAAUCUCUACUUCAUCUAUCUGGUGGAACUGCGUGCCCUGGCCAAGGCUGCUCCCUAUCUGCGUCGCGAGGAUUACUACACAGGCAUAGCUGAGGAGGAUGAGGAGGUCAAACUGGCCAUUAACGAUAUGCUGACUGUCGUUGAAAAUUUCCAGUCCCACUUCGACGAGAACGCUCUCUUCAGUAGCGGCAUUGCCUCCAUUAAGUUCAAGCACGACUACAAGGAGAAGUUCCGCAACAUAUCCCGCAUCAUGAGCUGUGUGGGAUGCGACAAGUGCAAACUCUGGGGCAAGCUACAGACCCAGGGCCUGGGAACUGCACUGAAGAUCCUGUACUCGGAAAAGCUCAAUCUGGCCACGGAAAGUGGCCUCUGGGACAAGCCGCACAUCGAAGCGGAUCCCAUCUUCAGGCUGUCGCGUACGGAGAUUGUGGCUCUCUUUAAUGCUUUUGGCAGAUUAUCCAACAGCAUAUACGAGAUGGAGAACUUCCGGCGCGUGCUGAGGUAACCCAUUCAACCCGUGCUAACCGAGUGACGGCCCGGAUCCCAUACGCUUCACAGGAGCAGCUCUGCGCCGCCGCUCAGUCUACUAGUUAAUUUAUACGCACAUCGCUGGGGAUGCAUCGUGGGCAUCUUCCUGAAUGCGGUUUCCCUUCCAUAGUUCGUAACACAUGACCGGCCAGAGGCUAGCAACCCCAGGAUAGCUGCUUCCCUGUACAUACAAAACUAUUACCCUAGGCUAUUUGUACUUUAGCGCACCGCACCGUAUCACCCUCAUAUAAAAAAGAAAUGACAAAAAAUAGCCCAGGAAGGAUGCAGGUGUUUAUUGUAAGUUAGGAUAGUAUUUAUUGGAGGAGUUUGUAAGCAGAACUUAAUGAGAAAGUAAACGCAUUGUGCAAUAACUCGACCUUACGACACAAGGAUUUAAAAUAAACGUGCAGUCAGAUGU